UGACAAAUGUCCAGGUACAAUGUUCACAUAUAAGGAAAUGAACAUACAACACAGGUUAUAGCACAUGAACACCACAUGGUUUCAGGGCAAAGAAGGUCAGAGAGACAUCUGCUGACAGUGACAGCGGUUUAAUUAGGUGUAGAAGCAUUUACCAGCGUAGUAAGGAGCAAAGUUAGAAACUGCACAAGUGUGACAAGGUUUCAGCAAAGUUAAAGGGAGCUGUCAGAUUUUUCAGAUCAUGCACUGAUUUAUUUUAACUGGAUGAUUUGUUGUCUGUCCAGUCAUUGGAUGACUAUCAGUCCUUGCGUGAUGCAACACUUCGGCCUGUGGGGCUUUAAACAUCCAGAAGCAAAGAACUGCUGUAGGUUGACAUUUGCGAUGAUUUCACUUCCUCUAACAAUGAUCCAGAGCUGUGUGCUGCUUCUUGCUGUUAACAAGUAAAUCAAAAUAGAAUCUGAAGACUCCCAGUUGCUCCAUUUUGAAUCUGAGCAAAACCAGAUGAUUGGGAUUGCAUUUUCUUACCUUGUAUUUAUAGAUAACCUUCAUCUUGGUUUUGUGUUGUAUACACAGAGGCACUCCUUCCAGAGCAGAACUCUAGGAGCCUAUAAAACUACCCUUGUCAAACAGCAAUAUCUCACUGGUGCAGUUUUUCACCCAUUCCUCUCCAAUUGACUCGUUUGGAAAUGUACUCUUGUUCCUGAAUUGGAUCAGGAAUUUAACGUUUCAUUCUUGAAGCCUUUGAGAUUUUAGACAUAGGCAGUAAGGUCAGUUGUUUCAUAUUUUUUUAAUUGGUUUCUUCACAUGUCCUACAAAGCUGAAUUAUGAUUUCAUGUAAGAUUUAUUUGAAAAGAUCCACUUUAAACUUUUUAAUUUGUCAUUAUUGAUCAUUUUCUCUUCAAGAUGUAUCUCCCUUCAUUGGUGCUGAGUUUGGUGGCUUUGGUGAACUGCUCUGACUGGUGCUACAAUGGGUGUGCUAACACCCCAUCCUCAUGGAAGAACUUGCCGGAAUCCAGCUGUGGAAAAAAACACCAGUCUCCUAUUAAUAUUGUCACUAGGAGCGUCGUAACGGACCAUCUGCUGCCCAAUUUCACCUUUGUCAACUUCUCCUCUGAAAACACCAUCAAGUCCAUCACAAACAAUGGACACACAGUGCAAUGCACACUGGUGGAAAAUGAAGUUGAAGUGAGUGGAGGAGGACUAAACGGAACGUAUUCUGUAGUUCAGUUUCAUUUUCACUGGGGUGAUAAAGAUUAUCAUCAAGGUUCAGAGCACUCAAUUGAUGGCUACAGAUAUCAGAUGGAGAUGCACAUUGUCUCUGUGAAGAAAGGUCUUUCUGUAGACGAAGCCACAACACAAGCCGACGGAUUUGCUGUUUUUGGGUUUUUCAUUAAUGCAACAGAAGAUGGAGUUCUUUCUGGACCAUGGUAUACACUCACAGCUAACCUGACAAACAUCACAGGCAGUGUCUUUGAUUUUGAACAAAACAACACCUUCUCCAUUGAUGACCUGAUUGGAAACGUAGACCGGACAAAGUUCUAUCGAUACUACGGCUCCCUGACGACACCCAACUGCAGUGAAGCAGUCGUGUGGACAAUCUUUCAAGAGCCGAUUCAAGUCCCCAAAGAGCUGACUCACUUGUUUAGCACAAAGGUAGAACUUAUAAAUACCUACAGACCAACUGAAGACCUAAAUGGACGUCAGGUCACUGCCUCCCCUGCUACUCCACUACCUCCAGCUCAUUCGUGGUGCUACAAUUAUCACUGUGACCAUGAUCCAUCUCAAUGGUUCCUUCUUCCUGAAUCUCACUGUGAUGGCAAAAGUCAGUCUCCUAUCAACAUCAACACACGCAGUGUGAUGCCGGACAACAGUUUAAACUCAUUCACUUUUACAAACUUCGACAACAAGCAAGCUAUAAAAUACAUCGCCAACACGGGCCACUCAGUGGAGUGUGUGUUGAAGGACGAUUUGGUAGAGGUAUCCGGAGGUGGUCUGAAACACAUCUAUUCAACUGUUCAGUUCCACUUUCAUUGGGGCACCGAAGUGCAGAACUCUCCGGGAUCAGAGCACACAGUGGAUUCAAACAGAUACCCCAUGGAGAUGCACAUAGUGAGCAAAAGGAAGAAUCUCACUUUGGAUGAGGCUCUUAAGACUUCUGAUGGCCUGGCAGUGCUGGGAUUCUUUAUUGAGACUCAGCCCACAUCAAGUCCGUCUGACCAGACGGCUUGGAAAAAAUUAACCCAGUACUUCUCAGCUAUCCGAAACAUCCGCUCACAAGUAGAAGUCAAAGAGGAUAUCUCCAUCAACGACUUGCUGGGCAAAGUGAACCGUAACUCGUAUUACCGCUACAGCGGCUCUCUCACUACUCCUCUAUGUAAGGAGGCAGUGGUCUGGACCAUCUUUCAAGAGACUAUUAAAGUGGAUGGAAACCUGAUGACGAUGUUUCCUAAAUACACAGGAUUUCAUAAUGUCUAUCGGCCCAUUCAGCCCCUUAAUGCCCGAACUGUCUACACCACUAGAUCUGCAUCCUGCAUCUCAGCACCUGUCUUACUUUAUCCUUUACUUGUGUGUCUCUGUGCACAUUUCUGGUGAUUUGGAUCAACCAUGGAAAACUGUAUUUUUUGGUGAUCAUUUUUUAUUUGAUGUAAGAUAGUGACUUUCAUAAUGUAAUUAUUUUAAAUAUGUAAUCUUUUAUUUGUCUAACCAGGAGUGGUGUUGAUGAAACAGCUAUUUUGCUUUUGUGCAAACUAAACUGGAUUUAUUGUUCAAGAGUUCAAUCAAACCAGAAUAAUCAGAUGGUUGCUGUCAAACUUCAGUCCAAAACAGAAAAUCCAGAAUUGUAGAGAGAACUAGAUACUUAGGCAAGAAGGAUUUAAUGUUAAUGGAGCAGGCUUUUAAAAGAGCCAUGCUGACUGAGUUGAAGGAAUUAGAUCCACGGUCUUUGUAAAAUCCACUCAUGGAGGGAACAGGAAGAGAAACCACUGAAGAAUGAGAAUAAACAGACCAUGUAAAACUUGGACAAAAAAUUAACGUGCUGCAUCUCAGCCUACUAGGAAUGCGGAAGUGGUGCUCAGGUCGCCAAAGAACAGGACGCUAAAAGAUCACGUCAAUGUUUACUAGAUAAACUAUGCUUUAAGAGAAGCCUUAUUCUCGCCUGGAUACCUGCUCGUUUACCAUUUUGCACCUAUGUUUUCCCGGGAUUGGAGAAACAUUGGAUCAUGAAUGAGUGUUUGGCUCAGGGCCAGCCUGCUGCACAUGUAAGCAUAACAAAAGGUAUUGUUGGUGUGUCUUGGGCGAUCAUGAACAAAUGGAAGGACAGAAGAGUCUGGCGAUCAUAGGAGAUGGGAACUACUGAAGAAGAUCGCAGACAGAAGUGUAGCCUCUGAAAAUGGUCUGUUUUUCAAUCUACAGGUCACCUCUUCCGUAUUGGGUCAUUUGGAGACAUAAGUCUUAACUGGUGCUUUAAUCUGCAAGAAGAUACUGUUGCUUCAAGGUCCCUCCAAGCUCACUCUUAUCUAAGACUGGUUUUUAUUCACAGCACAAGACGGAUGAACUUUCUAAAUUAAGUCAUAUAAUGAACAAUAAUAGUUGAAGGAUAAUAAUGUUUUGAUUAAUCUGUACUUAAAUUACUGUGGUUGAAAUGAAUAUUAUUAUGUUAUGGUCAGUCAUUUUAAAUUUAACAAGUAAAUCACUAUCUCUGACAGCUCACACACUCAGACACGUAACAAUGACAAGGUUAAGCUAAUAUCCUGACACAUUGCUUUCUGUUCCACCAAUCAGAACUCCUGUAUCUGACGCAAGGCAUGUUUUCUGAGGUUUGUUGGUAAAAACCCUUCUACAUGUCUAAUUCUUAUUUGUUAGUCAAUCAAAAUAUGACGAUUAUUAAAACAGGACUCACUUCACCGUGAGUCAGUUCUAGUUCUUGUCAGUUCUUGAGAAAGUUCCGGACCAGCCAUCCGAAGCAAAACCUCUUUAACCCAGAGCAUUUUUGACAAGCUGUCAAAAGCCUAUUGCAAGAUACAGCUGACUGCAAACGAUUCCUUCAGAAUAAACCUGAACCAACUUCAACUCCUUAAGAGUUAUCCCUAACUGUGGUUGCUUCUACGGACUUCGGUACCUCUGGGGUCCCCGGACCUCAACAUUCCGGAUCUACCACAGGGGUCUUUUAUCAGGGUACGUAGACUCAACAGAUUGCGUCUUAUGUGCUUUUGAUGAGAACCAACUUUGUUAGUUUAUAACAGUCCAAAUUCACUCCCACUCAGAACUCAGUUUCUUCAGAUACGAGAGGUUCUGAUAACAUCACAUUCACACACCAUCACACCUCACAUUCCAUCCACUCAGAUCCAUUCAUCACAAAGUGUCCUAGUUGUCAUGUUUUAAUUGUUUAGAAAAAAAUUUCUUGCUUUUUAUAAACUUGACUCUCUUCUUGAAUAAACAAAGAAUUCUAAA